CAUCACUCCCCUCACCUGCAGCCAUGGCCUCGCCGCAGCCCGCUGCAUCCACCUCGGCGCCGCCUGCGCCCGCCGUGCGCUCCUUCGCCGCCCUCGGCCUGGCGCCGCCGCUCGUGCGCGCCCUCGCCGCCCUCGCCAUCACCGUGCCGACGCCGGUGCAGGCUCAGGCGCUGCCGCUCCUUCUCGGCGGCAGCAGCAGCGCAAAGGGCAAGGCCAAGGGCGCCGCCGCCGCAGCCUCUCUCUCCGCGCCGCGCGCCUGCGACCUCAUCGCCGGCUCGCCGACGGGCUCCGGCAAGACGCUGGCCUUUGCGCUGCCCAUCCUCGCCGCCCUGGCGCGCGACCCCGUCGCCGGCGCCGCCGUCGUGCUCACGCCGACGCGCGAGCUGGCCGCGCAGCUGCACGAGCAGCUCGCCGCCGUCGCCGCGGGCGCGCGCCAGGGGCUGCGCGUGCAGCUCGUGCAGGGCGGCGUCGACAUGAUGCGCCAGGCACACGAGCUCGCCGCGCGCCCGCACAUCGUCGUCGCCACGCCCGGACGCCUGGCCGACCUGCUCGGCAAUGCCGACGCGCAGGUGCUGGGGCGCUGCAAGUUUGUCGUGCUCGACGAGGCCGACCGGCUGCUCACGCCGACGUUCUCCGACGCGCUCGCCGCCAUCUUUGCCGCUCUGCCGCCGGCCGCGCUGCGGCAGACGCUGCUCUUCUCCGCCACGCUCACGCCCGAGAUUGAGGCGCUGGCGACGCGCCCGCGCGGCGCAGACGAGCGGCCCCUCGAGGUGCUGAAGAUCGAGGGCAGCACGACAACUCCGCCACAGCUCGAGCAGCUGUACAUCUUUGUGCCGUCGCACAUGCGCGAGCCGUACCUCUUCCACCUACUCAUGCAUCCUCCGGGCUUCGACGACGACGACGACGACGACGACGACUCGGACUCCGAAGGCGGCUCCGACGCCGGCUCGUCGCUCGUGCCGACGAUCAUCUUCGUUUCGCGCGUGCGCACCGCCGCGCUGCUGGCACGCAUGCUUGCGGAGUUGGGCGUGCCCUGUCUCGCGCUGCACUCGUCGCUCUCGCAGGCGGCGCGCGCCGAGAAUCUCACGGCGUUUCGCGCGGGCAAGGUGCCGCUGCUCAUCACGACCGACGUCGGCUCGCGCGGCCUCGACGUGCCCGAGGUGCAGCUCGUCGUCAACUGGGACCUGCCGCGCGACUGGCGCGACUACGUGCACCGCGUAGGUCGCACGGCUCGUGCGGGACGCGAGGGCACGGCGGUGAGCUUCGUGGGCGAGCGGGAUGUCGAGCUGCUCAAGGGCAUCGAAGAGGCCAUCAGUGGGUUUUUGGAGCAGUCCGUCUCGCGCUGCAACGUGCGCACACUGAUGCACUUUCUGGCAGACGUGACCAUGACGGAGCACGAAAUGCCCGAAGAAGAGGUGCUCGAGCGUCUCAAUGCAGUAUCGACCGCUAAGCGCGUCGCAGCUAUGGAACUGCACGACACGCACUUUGGCGAGCGGCAAGAGGCGCACAAGAAGAAGGCCGCGGCCGCGCUGGGUGCCAGUGCGGACGCGCAGCGGCGAAAGAGCAAGAAGAAGGCCGCCUCUAGCGAGAAGCAGCGCAAGGAGUAGCGCGUGAUGGCGCUCGUUCCUCUACAUCCACUUAGACUGCUCACUCACUGGUCCCACCCUCACUGUCACGCAUCCUCUGUACCACUAGCUCGGCAACAUCUCACAAUUACAACGUCAUCGCCCCC